AUCGUUACGUACGGUAAAUUUAUGUCAUUGGCUGUGCUUCAACCUGAUGAUCAAAAUAGGCUUCGGGUAACUCUGGAGAGCUAUCUCACAUGUUCCUUGGAGUUCGGUGGAAUGAUAGACGACUGCAAUUUGACUAAUGUAAGAGGAUCAAUAUUUUCAAAGACAGAGAUGCCACAGUUUUGUUACACCAUCUACUCACUUUGGGGUGACCCAGACGGAAAAAGAAGACAAAUACCAAAAGGAACAGUGAUGCAUCUUCAUUUUCAACUCAACACUACUCAACGUCCUGAGCCAAUUCCAAAGGAAAAAGAGCCACCCAAAUACGAACCCAAACACAACUUACCUGAUUCCCCUUCCAUCCAAAUGGGAGUCCAUUCUCCGUACUUUUUACCAAGUCCAUUUCUUGACGGCUACAAUUACAUCGGAGGUCGAGCUUACGACAUCCGGGUAUCAAUGAGGGAAAAGCAUCUGCUCCCAGCUCCAUAUCAGACAAACUGUACGGAUUACAUGCGUUUGUGGAGAGAACGUGAUGGUAAAGCUCCUAUAGAUCAAAUGGGUAUCCUUCAGGAAUGUAGAAUGAAUAAAACAAUUGAAGAACGAGGCUGCAUUCCAAUCGAUUUGGACUACCCCGAGAAUUCUUAUAACAUAUGUACGACUUGUAAUAACUGCACAGAUGGGUCAUCUACACAUGACUGCCUUAGUUUGGCUGAGAGUUUUACUCAACCUUGCGAUUCACUUUCUUACUCAACAAUAAGAGAAGACAAGACCAUAACGGUAUAUCAAGAAAUAAACACUGUUUUUCUUCGUAGAAAAGAAGGAACACGAAUCAGACUAAAAGAAUAUGAUUGUGCUGAGAACAGAGUUUGGAGACCAGAGUGUGGAUCGAUAGAUAUAGACGUACUGUUUGACCGGUUCGAAAUUUCGAACUUGACAUACAAACCUAAAUUUGAGUCAUUGGAAAUAUUCAGUGUGAUUGGAGGAUACAUGGGAAUGUGGCUGGGCAUAUCUUUGGUGACAAUUUAUGAUCUGAUCGGAACUAUUUUCAAGGCGGCCAGGACCCAAAUAAUCCUCAGGAACCGCAAAAGAGUGAAACCAAAUAAAAAUUCUUUUCAAUUCUACAAUAACGAAGUCAAGCUGAUAUCUAAAUCUAAGAAACCUAUAUACUGGUGAUACUCACCCUUGUGUUUACUUUGAUAUAGUAAUUUAAGAGGGAAAAAAAUCACAAGCCAUCAUUUCAACACUAUAUGUUUACGAUUCUUAUAACACUGAGUUAUAUUAAGGAAAUGUUUGUAUUGCUGAUGUAAUCCUCCGUUAUAUUGCCUUAUUUUUACCAUUAACUGUUCUAUUUUAAGUAUCUAAUAAAAAGUAAUUCUCAGAUA